CUCUCUGAAACAUUGGAUACCAUAAACAUUCCAAGUUAUCUCCCUUGUGGACGCCGGCUUGCAAACAGAGAAGAUAGAGACAGACUCAGAGUUGACUUUUGUCUGUACACCGAUAAGAUGGCAGACAUUUCCCAGUAUGUGAUGCCCAAUGACACAGGCCUGUGUUUGUUAGACUGCAGUGAUGCAUUUGGUAAUCUGACUGACCGGGAGAAGUUGUACGCACACUACAUAUCACAAGCAUCCUGGUACGGAGGCCUCAUUGUCUUGGUACAGACAUCUCCUGAAUCACCUGGAAUUUUCUUGCUGCUACAAAAGGUGUUCCGUGGACAGACAAUCGAUCAACUGAAGGAAGCUGUGACUAAGGAUGGCUCACUGACUGACAACCAGUUCCAGGCAGUGCUGAUCUAUGCCUCUGCCUUCUAUGCCAACAUGGGGAACUAUAAAUCAUUUGGAGACAGCAAGAUCAUUCCAAAUUUACCAAAGGAGAAGUUUGAAGCUCUGGUAAUGAAAAGUGCUGCCUAUGAAAAAGACGCCCGUGGGAUUAAGGCGUUGUGGGACUCUGUGAGUGACAGGAUGUUUGGUUUAACAGAGAGACAAAAGGAACUGGGACUCGGAGAGAAGGGAACUACAUCUUACUUUUCUGCCAACUGUGAUUUAGACGACGCAAAGAUUGCUCAAGAAUUCAUGACAGCAAAAGACCUCAGUCCAUACAACACUAGAUUAUUCAAAACCACAGAGAACGGGAAAACGUGUUACGAAGUCAGACUGGCCUCAGCAGCAACAGAUGAUGGAGCAGUAACAGGAUUUCCAGAGGGAAUUCUGGGUAGUCAUGAGUUCACACCAACUCUCACCUCACAAGCCUGUACAUUCCGUGUCACAAGGGGAGACUACUCUCCUCUCAUGGCCUUAGUGGCAGAAAAUCUGAAAAAGGCACAAGGAUAUGCUGCCAAUGACCUUGAGAGGAAUAUGUUGAAAGAAUAUGUUGACAGUUUUACCUCCGGAUCAAUUCUCUCGCACAAAAACGGGUCCAGACAUUGGAUUAAAAACACAGGCCCCAUCGUAGAAACAUACAUCGGCUUCAUUGAGUCAUACCGAGACCCAUUUGGAAUGAGGGGAGAAUUUGAAGGUUUUGCGGCGGUUGUGAACAAAGAAAUGAGUGCCAAGUUCACAGAGCUUGUUGACCAUGCUGAGAAGUUUCUACCUUUAUUGCCAUGGCCUAGCUCGUUUGAAAAAGACAAGUUCCUUCGACCGGACUUUACCUCACUUGAUGUGCUGACAUUUGGAGGGUCUGGCAUUCCAGCAGGGAUAAAUAUUCCCAACUAUGAUGAUAUCCGCCAGUCGGAGGGAUUUAAGAAUGUGUCAUUAGGAAAUGUCAUCAUAUCUGCUUACAAGGACACAAAAGAAAAAGUCAGCUUUCUGGCCGAGGAGGACAAGGAAUUAUUUGUUAAUCUAAAGACAACAACAUUUGAAGUUCAAGUCGGUCUGCAUGAACUGCUGGGCCACGGCAGUGGAAAGUUGUUUGUCAAGGACAAAGAUGGAAACCUGAACUUUGAUGUGGACUCGGUGACUAACCCAAUAACAGAGGAAAAGGUAGAUAAGUGGUACGAACACAACGAGACUUGGGAUAGCAAGUUUACCUCCCUUGCAUCAAGUUAUGAAGAAUGUCGUGCAGAGUGUGUCGGGAUCUACCUCUGUCUCUCAGCCAAAGUCCUCAGUAUAUUUGGCCAUACUGAUGAUGAUGCUGAUGAUGUGAUCUACAUUAACUGGCUAAACAUGGUCCGGGCUGGACUACUGGCACUCGAGUUCUACUCCCCGGAGACCGGUGCCUGGAGACAGGCCCAUAUGCAGGCUCGGUUUGUGAUCCUGAGGGUGUUGCUGGAGGCAGGGAAUGGAUUGGUUACGAUAAAGCAUUUCACCGCUGAUGAUGGCAGUGAGGACAUGGUCCUUAAACUUGAUCGUAGUAAGAUCUCCACUGUUGGCAAGACAGCUAUCGGAAACUUCCUGAGGAAACUACAGGUGUACAAGUCAACAUGUGAUGUUGAGGCAGCCAAGAAACUGUACAAUUACUACUCGGAUGUACAUGAUCGUGAGGAACCCCACUUCCUUGCAAGACGAGCCACCGUCCUCGCCAGGAAACAACCACGAAAGAUGUUUGUCCAGCAUAAUACCGUUGUGAAUGGCUCUACAGUGGAUCUGAAGAAUUAUGAUUCCAGUGCUGCUGGUCUCAUUCAAUCAUUUGCUGAGCGUUUCCCGUCCACUGACAUAGAUGACAUUGUAGAGAAGCUGUGGGAAAAAGAGAAGCCUUACUUCUGAGGACAGUGCUACAGUACUUAUAACCAGUGCUAAAGUCAUCUCAAAUUAUAGUCGGACCCAAGGAGUUUUACAGAUCUGCUGUAUAGUGAGGACCCAUGAAAAGAGGAUGGUUACAAUGUGCGCGUGUGUCAAUUCAUUUCAAGUUCGGUUUCUGUCACUUCUGGAAAUAUGUGUUGUUAAUCUGUAAAGUGGAAUGUAUCCAGCGACGUUCAUCUUCUUAUGUUAAUUUAUAAAGAGGAAUGUAUCCAGCGAUGUUCAUCUUCUUAUGUUAAUCUAUAAAGUGGAAUGUAUCCAGCGACGUUUAUCUUCUAAUGUUAAUCUAUUAAGAAGAAUGUAUCUAUCAGACAUUCAUAUUCUAUUUAACUGACAAACAUAUUCGACCAAUGAAUUUUUUUAUAUUUAUUAAAAAUUAGCUUUUUUUUGGGUGUUUUUUAUGGUAUUUUUUCCUAUAUUUUAUUUUCUACAGACUUUAUAUUUCUAUUAACAGAGAUUAAUAUUGACAGGUCAUUAUCAACUGAUUUAGAUUCAUAAACAUGUGAAAUACACACUUGUUCUUUUUUGCUGUUAUUUUAAAGAAAGGAAGACAUUGUUUGAGAUAAUUACAUUGAAUGGUAUUAUUUAAACAGCACUUUCUGUUCUACAAUGAAGUUAUAACUGGAUGUCAUCAAACACGAAAUCCAUCCAUUUUUACUAUAGCAACUUUGAAACAAAAGCAUUGUAUUAUCAUUUCACCUCUUACGAAGAAAGUAACAGUUGCUACCAUUGUUACUAUUGUCCUUCAGUUCACCGAUGUGUGGCUCAAUGUAUCACAGUGGAGUUAUAUAUUUAUAAGUAUGUUACAGCUACAGUACAUUAUAUAUAAUAAUAUAUCUUCAUGAUCAACUAAUCAUAUCAUAUUAAAAAAAAAUGUAUACAAGGAACAUGCAGUCACAUGGCGCCAAUCUUCAAAUUGUCACGUGUCAUAGUUUUAAUUCUACUAAUCCUAAUGGCAGCAUAUUGGCUGUGAUUACAACCACAUCUCUGUCAUGAUAUGGAUGUUAAGGACGAGGGACAGUUGAUGGGGGACAGGUGGCAAGGGACAGGUGAUGAGGAACAUGACGAGGGACAGGUGAUGAGGGACAUGACGAGGGACAUGUGGCAAGGGACAGGUGAUGAGGGACAUGUGACUAGGGACAGUUGAUGAGGGACAUGUGAUAGGGGACAGGUGGCAAGGGACAGGUGAUAAGGGACAGGUGGCAAGGGACAGGUAGCAAGGGAGACAGGUGAUGAGUGUAGUAGCUUGUUAUUCACAUUACCAGAUGUGGCAUACAUGUACAAGCAUGUAAACAAUAAACAUUGAUACUCAUGAUGUGUCAGUAACUUUACAAUAAAUCAUUUUUAAAGGGU